CAGGUUGAGUUAAUGAUACAACCGUCACAAAAAAGGAAAGAAGAAAACAAAGUAAGAUGCUAACUCCGAGAAAUAAUGGCAACAAUCUUCUUCUUCUCCACUCAGAAGAAUCUCUACGCCAUUUCAACUUUCUUGCUACUCACACUCUUCCUUGUCAGUCUUCUCUACUUCUCUAAACAAGCUCUCGAGCCUAACCUUUCUCUCUACAGAGAUCACUACUAUUCAACUCUCUCUGUUUCUCUCAACACAAGAUCUGAAGAUCUUCUCAACAUUCAUGUUCCAGUCAGUCAAAAUCUUUCAAGAAACUCAAAUGGGUCAGUUCAGGAUUCAAGAAACUCAAAUGGGUCAGUUCAGAAAUCAAGAAACUCAGAAGGGUUGAUUGAUCAUUCAAGAAACUCAAAUGGGUCAGUUCAGGAUUCAAGAAACUCAAAUGACUCAGUUCAGAAUUCAAGAAACUCAGAAGGGUUGAUUGCCAAUUCAAGAAACUCAAACGGGUCAGUUGGAAAUUUAAGAAAUCCAAAGGGGUUUCAAGAAGAUGAUGAAAGUUCAGUUCUUGAAAAUAUCUCAGAUUUUAGUGCUAGUGAUGUAACAGAGGGUGUUAAAUGGAAGGUAAGUUGUGAUUUGUAUACAGGGAGUUGGGUUAAAGAUGAAGAAAAUUAUCCAAUUUAUAAAGCAGGGAGCUGUCCUUUUGUUGAUGAGGCUUAUGAUUGUCAAAGAAAUGGGAGAAAAGAUUCUCAGUAUACGCAUUGGAGAUGGAAGCCUAAUGGUUGUGACAUUCCUAGGUUUAAUGCAACAGACUUUUUGACAAGACUAAGGGGGAAAAGGUUGAUGCUGGUGGGGGAUUCUAUGAACAGAAAUCAGUUUGAAUCACUACUGUGCAUGCUUUAUGAAGGCUUAUCAAAUAAGAGUAAAAUGUAUGAAAUCCAUGGCUACAAAAUAACGAAGGGAAGAGGAUAUUACAUUUUCAAAUUUGAGGAUUAUAACUGCACAGUGGAAUUUGUACGAUCUCAUUUCCUUGUCAGGGAAGGCACCCGUGUCAAUGGUCAAGGAAACAACAACCCAACUCUGUCAAUUGACAAGAUUGACAAGUCAGCUAAUCGAUGGAAACGUGUUGACAUUCUUAUCUUCAAUACGGGGCAUUGGUGGACUCAUGGAAAGACUUCUAGGGGAAAAAACUAUUUUAAGGAGGGUGACUAUGUCUAUCCCAAGUUUGAUGCAGUUGAAGCUUACAAGAAAUCGAUGAGUACCUGGGCAAAGUGGAUCGAUAAAAAUGUGGAUGCGGGAAAAUCAGUCUUUUAUCGUGGUUACUCAUCCGCUCACUUUAGAGGUGGAGACUGGGACUCAGGCGGAUCUUGUAAUGGGGAGACUGAACUCAUCAAAUCUGGAGCUAUUUUGGAUGACUAUCCAGUAAAAAUGAAAAUUGUGCAGGAUGUGAUCCAUGAAAUGAAAUUUCCAGUUGUACUAUUAAACAUAACAAAGUUGACAAAUUUUCGCAAGGACGGCCAUCCAUCAGUUUAUGGGAAGAACAGAACAAUGGAUGAGGGUAAGAAGAUAUCUACCCGGCGCCAAGAUUGCAGCCAUUGGUGUCUUCCAGGGGUUCCUGAUGCAUGGAAUGAGCUAAUAUAUGCCAAUUUGGUACUCCGGACUAGAUAAGUACCAAUUAUACUCUGUUUGUAAUGUACUUUUUGAUUUGUCCACCUAUGUAGUUGUAUUUUCAUCAAGAAUUUUCUGGAUCCCGAAAAUAGGAUUGAGGGUAAUAGAUGAAACCCGAGCCAGUAAGCCGAGCAAAGUAAUGGCAUUUUCUUGUGUAAAUGAGAUUAACAGAAUUAUCAAUCUAAAAAGAAGAAAUUUUCCUUUUAAAUUCAA